ACGGGCGGCGGGACCAGUUUUCAUAUCACUACCGUUUGAGUUCUUGUGCUGUGUGGAUACUCCUCCCGACACAAAGCCGCUCCAUCAGCCAGCAGUCGUCUAAUCCAGAGACACCAAACCGAAAGACUUAAUUUAUAUUUAUUUAAUUAAUUUUAAUAAAACACACCAAAUCUUACAAAAUGUGUGACGAAGAAGUUGCUGCUCUGGUUGUCGACAACGGCUCUGGCAUGUGCAAGGCCGGAUUUGCCGGAGACGAUGCGCCCCGCGCCGUCUUCCCAUCGAUUGUGGGACGUCCCCGUCACCAGGGCGUGAUGGUCGGCAUGGGCCAGAAGGACUCGUACGUGGGUGAUGAGGCGCAGAGCAAGCGUGGUAUCCUCACCCUGAAGUACCCCAUUGAGCACGGUAUCGUGACCAACUGGGACGAUAUGGAGAAGAUCUGGCACCACACCUUCUACAAUGAGCUGCGUGUGGCUCCUGAGGAGCACCCCGUGCUGCUGACCGAGGCCCCUCUGAACCCCAAGGCCAACCGUGAGAAGAUGACACAGAUCAUGUUCGAGACCUUCAACACACCCGCCAUGUAUGUGGCCAUCCAGGCCGUGCUCUCGCUGUACGCCUCCGGUCGUACCACCGGUAUCGUGCUGGACUCCGGCGAUGGUGUCUCCCACACCGUGCCCAUCUACGAGGGUUAUGCCCUGCCCCAUGCCAUCCUGCGUCUGGAUCUGGCUGGUCGCGACUUGACCGACUACCUGAUGAAGAUCCUGACCGAGCGCGGUUACUCCUUCACCACCACCGCUGAGCGUGAAAUUGUCCGUGACAUCAAGGAGAAGCUGUGCUACGUUGCCCUCGACUUCGAGCAGGAGAUGGCCACCGCUGCCAGCAGCUCCUCGUUGGAGAAGUCCUACGAGCUGCCCGACGGACAGGUGAUCACCAUCGGCAACGAGCGUUUCCGCUGCCCCGAGGCCCUGUUCCAGCCCUCGUUCUUGGGAAUGGAGGCUUGCGGCAUCCACGAGACCACCUACAACUCCAUCAUGAAGUGCGAUGUGGAUAUCCGUAAGGAUCUGUAUGCCAACACCGUGCUGUCUGGUGGCACCACCAUGUACCCUGGCAUCGCCGACCGUAUGCAGAAGGAGAUCACCGCCCUGGCUCCAUCGACCAUGAAGAUCAAGAUCAUUGCCCCACCAGAGCGCAAGUACUCUGUCUGGAUCGGUGGCUCCAUCCUGGCUUCGCUGUCCACCUUCCAGCAGAUGUGGAUCUCCAAGCAGGAGUACGACGAGUCCGGCCCCUCCAUUGUGCACCGCAAGUGCUUCUAAGAAGGAUCGCUUGUCUUGGCAGGAGGAUGAGAAGGAGGAUCAGGAUCACUAUCAUGAUUCUGCAGGAGGAGGAGAAGUCGAGGAAGCAGCAGCGAAAGUGCAAGUGCGAGUGGUGGAAGUUUGGAGUGCAGCACAACAAGAUCAACAACAACACCAACUACAAGAUGAAAAGAGCGGAACCACCUGCACACCAUCAUCAUUGUCAUCAUCGUUUUGGGCGCGUGUUGUGUGGUUCCAGCGUAUUAAUUUAAUUAAUUUAUUCCACUUGAGAUAUGAUAUGAUAUACUAUGUAUUUUUUGUUUUUUUUUUUAUUUGUAAACCUUUAAUAUAACAAGAACUACAAAAAAUGAAAAUGAGCGAAAAAGCAUAUUCUGCCAUUCCACACACACCAACAACACCCAACACACGCACACCCACAAGCUCACACACACACUCGCGGCAUGACAAGGACAUCAAGAUAAAGAAGAACUUGAAGAAGAUAUUCCCCAAAGCGUAAAAAGAACACACACAUUGCAAAACACAAACAACACACUAGCGUUUUGUACAAUUCGUCAGCAACCUUAUGUAUUAUUUUUUAAUUAUGAUGUAAUUAUAAACAAAGUGAAACAAAAAUAUGAAAACAAAAAAGGAAAAUCAAAGCUGUCUUCUUUCCCCCGCUCUCCUUCUCUCGCUUCUUGCUGCUCUCCUCGCCCUCUUCUCUCUGUCUGUCUCUCUUCCACUUUUUUGCCGGCCGGCAAAAUCACCCACACACAUACACACUCUCACACUUGGCUGCAGUUUCGCGUGCGAUAUUCACACACAUUCAAGCAUACAAGCAUACAUAUGUAUUUUUUUUGAUUUGUACACUUUUCUAAUUGCAUGCGUAUCGAUUGAUAAGUUUACGCCUGAAAAUGUUAAUUAAAAUGUGAAAAUGCAACUGAAAAACUGAUGAAAUGAAACAACAACAAGCGAA